AUGUCCAAAAACAAAGACCCGGCUUCCUUGCUCAACCUCCAGCGGGAAUACAUCCUCGCCCAGAUCAAGGAGGUCCAGCGUCCCGGCACCUUGUACAACUUGAUCAUCGACGACAAAACCGAGCCUGUGAUCUACCGAGUCCUCACCAAAGAGAGCUUGUUGCGGGUGGUCACCAGCAUCGAGAAGAUCGACGCCAACCGCAAGCAGAACACGUUCAUGGAGGCGAUAUACUUGAUCGACUUGACGGUCUACAACAUGAAGUGCAUCGUGGCUGACGUGCAGACCAACCGCUACAAGGGUGGCCAGGGCCUCUUCCUCCCCAUCCCCGACCACGGCGAAAUCGCACACUUCUACGGCUCACCCAACUUCAUCAACAACCCCAAGGUGUUGGGGUACUUCGAGGGCGGCGCCAAGAUUCGCUACAUCAACAGCAACUUCUAUCCCGUCGAAACAAGGGUGUUUUUGACCGACAACAAGACGCCCAACUCCAUGCCCAUCUACUACAACACCAACUGUUCAGACUUCGUGAUCCCCCAGGUCAAGUUGGCUGCCAAAUCCUUGGUCAACUUGAUGAUUAUCACUGGUGAGUACCCGUUGAUCCGGUUCUACUCUCCCAAAAACGCCAUCCACCAAGCAUCGAGACUCCCUGAGUUGAUCGCCGACGAGUUCCAGAGACAGAUCGACGACUACGCCAGGUUGAACCACGACUACCCUCCCCCUUCAAUUCAAGACAAGCCAAGGUCCAUUUUGUUGAUCAGUGAUCGAACCUUGGAUUUAUACGCCCCAUUGUUGCACGAGUUCAGUUACCAGGCGUUGGCCAUGGACGUGGUGGAAAGCUUGGAACGAACCGGAACCUACAAGUACUCCACCGAAAACGAGCGUGGCGAGGUCCAACGGAACGAGUCCAACUUGGACAAUGAGGACGACGAGGACUGGGUCAACCUAAGACAUUUGCAUAUCAUCGAGGCUUCAGAGGUCAUCAUGAACAAGAUCUCCGACUUGAUCAAAAACAACCCUUUGAUGGUGGACAGAUCCAAAGCCUCGACCUCCAGUGAUUUGAUGUACGUGGUUGCCCAUUUGAAAGGCUUUGACGAGGAAAGAAAACAAAUCACCUUACACAGAACGUUGAUUGACGAGUGUCUUGACAUCAAUUCUUCGAGAAAAUUGGCUGAAUUUGCGGCUGAUUUCGAGCAGACUUGCGCUGCCAAGGGAACGAGUUUUGAAGGCGAAAGAAAUAAGCAUUUACAUGACGAUUUGAUCACUUUAUUGGCAAGAACUGACUUGCACGUCAAUGACAAGAUGAGAUUGGUGUUGAUCUACGGACUCUACAGGGGUGGCUUGAUUGAGGCUGAUUUCGUGAAGUUGGUCAAGUUUAUUGGGGUUAACGACCGUCAAAUUAUCUCGUUGAUCUCCAGAUGUUUCACUAAUCUUCACAAGUUGGGGUUCCCCAUAGUCAGAAAGGAUGUCAAAGACAAAAGAUCCGAAAAGGAGAUGUUCCACACCAUCACCAACGAGGGUACCUACAAUACAUCAAGAUUUGGUCCCGGUAUCAAGAGAGCAUUGCAAGGCGCAUCCAAGUACCAGUUGGAUGAGGAGGAGUUUCCGUACUUCAGAGACAAGCCACUUGAGGAUGACGUGCCCACCAGUGGAUCCUCUACCCCUACCCAACCUAAUACUUCGUUGAGAAACUCGCGGAUCAAGGCUUCAUGGGCCCAAUCGUCUACACGGAUCAAUCUGAGCUUAUCGUCUCUGAUGAGACCAAAGCAGCGGAUCUUCUGCUACGUGGCGGGUGGAAUCACCUACUCGGAAAUCAGGUCCAUUUACGAACUUUCACAGGCUACCAAUAAGGACUUCUAUAUAGGAUCUGAGUCUAUUUUGAAACCAAGGGACUUUUUGAUUGGUCUUCAAAGCAUCGACGAUAUCAAGACGCCUGACGACUUGGAUUUGAACAUCUUGAAGGAGUUCCGCCGUCCUCGGGACCCACCCAACUACUUGUUUGAGUCUGGACAGCCCAAGAUGCCCCAACAGCCUGCCAUGGGUGUACCAAAUCUUGGACCUGGGCCUGUUUCUAGCACUGUUCCUGCUCAUUACCAGAAGAGGUCCAAUACGAUACCAACAGAGGCUCCGUUGUCACCCGAGAAGGAGAAGAAGAGAUCGAAGUUGAAGAAGUUGUUCAGGUAG